AUGGCAAGCUCAAGAAUCAACGAGGAUCGCAGCAAUCGAUCUGCUGCUUUUAGAGCUGUCUUAGAGGGGAAAAGACGGUCAGUAGAAAACUUUCGUAGGUUUUGGAAGGAAGAAGGUGUGAAUCCACUAGAUAAAUGUGGUGAUACUGUUCUCCAUUUUCUGGCCAUUCACGGAAAUGCGGCUGCCUUCAAAUUACUUCUGCAAGAUGGUCUUGUGACCAGUGAAAAUCUGAAGGCAAAGAAUGUCAACGGCAACAUUGCAUUGCGUGAAGUUGCAAGAUUUGGCCACAAGGAUGUUGCAGAGAUCAUGAUAAGGACAGAAAACAAAUUAGUGUCUGAGAGCAACAAACUGGGUGAAACCCCUCUUUUUAUGGCUGCGGCAUGUGGGAAAAAGGAAGUUUUCUCACUUCUGGAAAAGCAUAUCGGUGAUUGUAUGAUGAGGAGAAAUGACGGAUGGCAUAUCGAUGAUUCUAUGAUGAGGAGUGACGGAUGCACAAUCCUUCAUGUUGCUGUAAUUGGAGAAUGUUACAGUUUGGCAAUUGGCAUAUUGGAGUCGUAUCCUGAUCUUUCUGGCAAACGUAAUGAAAAAGGAAAAACUACUUUACCUAUUUUGGCUGCAAAACCAGAGUCCUUCAGUAAUCCUUGGCUUAAAGAAAUUGAUGAUGCAAAGCAAAGACAUGCAGUUGCACUAAUGCUUGCAGAAAGGUUAAUCAGAAGAGAAGAUUGGAGCCACUCUGUGCAUGCAGAGGACAAAGAUCUUUAA